AUGGGUGAAGCCAGACUUGUAAAUCGGUCAUGGGGUCUUCCGGCGUUCACGUGCGACAUCUACAUCGCGAUGGACGUCACCUCUUCGACCUCCAGCAUAUUCAACUUAGUAGCUAUAUCUAUUGAUAGGUACAUAGCAGUAACUCAACCUAUAAAAUAUGCGAAACACAAGAACAAUUGCCGAGUAUGGUUCACGAUAGUCCUGGUAUGGCUAAUAUCGGCCGCCAUUGGAGCUCCCAUCGUUCUUGGUCUCAACGACACGCCGGACAGGCAAAACGACGAGUGCCUCUUCAAUAGUCAGAAUUACGUCAUCUAUUCGUCACUUGGCUCCUUUUAUAUCCCCUGUAUUAUGAUGAUGUUUCUCUACUAUAAUAUUUUUAGAGCGUUAAGAAUCAGAGCAAAGAAACACGGAGCAGCGAAGAAGCCACCUAUGUCUGACCACCCGACGGGAAUGACGACGGCAGUGGUAAUAGAAAACGUAGCGCAGACGCGGCAACUGGCUGAAACCGUGUUGCACGACGACCGGCCUACUAACACGGGCUCGGGGAGCAAUGAAGACGAUCAUGAAGAUAGUUAUGAUAAGUCAAUGAACCUGGACACAGACAUCGAUGAUUGUCAUGUGAUACCAAACGACAAGUCCACGGAGUUCAUGCUAGCCACUGUCACUGAGGAAAACGACAGCUCACAGCAAAAAAAAGCAAAGUCUUCCGUCCCAGAUCCAAACGGGAACAAUGACUCAGGGUACGCACCUUCCAACCUGGAAGAUACCGCACGGGAACACGUGUCUCCUCCAGGGUCUCCAGUAGUAAAAGACGCCACUGUAUUAAAAAAUAUGGCGUGUGAUAAUGAGAAGUGGAAGAAGAAUGGAAAGGAUACGAGAAACGUAUCACUGGCCGUCCAUCAAGAUUCAGAAGACAUUAAAUCUAGUACCUUCGACCUGCACGAUGGUUCGACAACAAAGAAAGAAAGAAAGGCCAGCACUGCUACCGCUCGCUUCACAAUUUACAAAGCCAACAAAGCAAGUAAGAAGAAACGGGAAAAGUCUUCAGCGAAGAAGGAAAGAAAGGCUACUAAGACGUUGGCUAUAGUUUUAGGAGUCUUCCUUUUCUGUUGGACACCGUUCUUCACAAUAAAUGUGUUCGACGCAAUCUGUGGCAAGCUGGACCUCCAAGAAUACUCACCAGGAGUCACAGCUUUCAUCCUCACCACCUGGCUGGGCUACAUCAACUCGUUUCUGAACCCUGUCAUCUAUACAAUCUUCAACCCUGAGUUCAGAAAGGCAUUCCGUAAGAUAUUGAAGUGCGGCACCUAG